AUGACCGAGGGUUCUAUUGUUCAAUGGAGCAAGAAGGAAGGAGAAGAAAUCGCUCCUGGAGACAUGCUUUGUGAGGUGCAAACAGAUAAAGCCGUUGUGGCUCUUGAAACAGACGAUGAGGGCAUCCUCGCCAAAAUAAUUGUGGAUGCGAAUGUACCAGGAAUUAAAGUAGGUGACUUGAUUGCUGUGAUCGCUAGUCCGGGAGAAGACUGGAAAGAGGUUGCCGCAGCUGCACCUGCUGCGGCACCUCCUACUGAACCUGCCAAGGCAACAGAACAACCUGUAUCUGCCGCACCACAANCGGAACUCCAGAACAAAAGCCUCCUGAAGCAUCUGGUCCACGCUCCUCGGCAAUGGGCCCAGCCGUGCGCGCCCUUCUACAAAAACACGGUCUAG